ACAGAGCGGACGCGACUCGAGUGGCGGCAGGCUUUGCGAGUCGACCCAAGACACAAACAUCGCGAUGGCCUCCACCCUAUAAGACCAUCAAACCAUUCUUGUGAGUAGCAAGGCCCUUGCUUUCUUUCUGUUUGAGUGUGGGAUUUGUCCCUGUUUUCGAUGUUCCUUCUCAUGCUGAAUGUUCGAGCUAUUUGUUGAAUUCCGAUAAGUAUCUCUCUCUCUCUCUCUGCUUGAAUCAUUUCAAGAAAGCUCGACCCUCUUAGCCAUUUUUUGGUUGAAAGGUACUCUGCCGAAGUGACGCUAUGGCUCUGGCCUUUGUGAAUCCAGGAGCACAUCCACUACAAGUGGGCCUUCCAAAGGUGGCAGGGACCUCUCGACCGGCGGCGUCUUCGGGACGAUCGACACUCGGAGGACUUGGAUUGGGAAGCUUCUUGGGCCUUGGCAGCCUUGGCAGCCUUGGCCUUGCUUCUUUGGGUGCCGCUUCUCGGAAGGCAAAGAAACACACGAAGGCGUCGAAGACGUCGAGUUCAGUUGUGGCCUUGGCAGCCGAAGGGGAGGCCGGGGAGGCUGAGGUGGCCUCAGGCGGACAGGACUUCAGCAAGCUGAAGAGCUUGUUGGAGGCACAGGAUUUCAAAGCAGCUGAUGCCGAAACCAGGAGUUUGCUCAUUAAGAUGUGUGGUGCAGAAGCCCAGAAGAGAGGUUGGGUCUACUUUGCAGAAGUGAAGACAAUUCCUGAAGAGGACAUGGACACACUUGAGAAGCUCUGGCAAGAGCACAGCAAUGGACGAUUUGGCUUUGUUCAGCAGAGGAAGAUUUGGAGAAAAAAUCGCGGCCAGUUCGACAAGUUCGCAGAGGAGGUCUCUUGGUUCACAGACACCUGGAAGAAUCGCAAUUGGCCCGAUGAGUUCAUCUACAGCUUGGAGGCUCCAGUGGGUCAUUUGCCGCUGACCAAUUGCAUUCGUGGUGCUCAGGUUCUGGAGGAACUGCUGAGCCACCCAGCCAUUCAGAACCAAAAGGCGAAGAAGCCGAAGCCUGUCAGCAAGGCCAGUGAUGACCAAGGUGGAGCCGGAGGUGACAAGCCACGCCGCUCAGCUCUUUCUAUGUUGGCCUCCGGUAGAACGACAAAGACACCGUCCAGAGCAACUUUGGCGGGUCAUUUUUAA